AUGGCGGCACUGAACGGGGCCAAUACCAUAGCUUCUCCUCUGGUUUUGUCCUCUCCUUUCUCUCGUCGAGGAGACAUCAGCGGAGGAACGUACAUGUUUCUGUCUCAGAUAAUAUGUUGGUCGAUGGGUAUGCAAGUGAUGGUGUACCUCGGCUUUCAUUCAUAUUGUAUCUUGCCAAUGUGUGGUCGUGUGAACAAUUAUACCCCCUUUCGUUCACUGAAGUACAUUGUGGUUGCUGUAACCACCUGCCGGCGGCAUUCAUCACCCAAAGUCUUAGCACCAUCCACAGCCGCAAAAACACCAUGUUCGACGUCACUACCACCACCACUUUCUCAUCCUCCCUUUACCAAUACCCUAAUGGAAGAUGCCGCGUGGCGAAAGACCGGUACCGGCGCCGGCGGCUUUCGUCGUUUCCCUCUUUCCUUCUGCAUGAGCAUCAUCAGGUGGAGGAGACAGAGACGCUUGCUCGGUCAUGUCCGACAUUCACGUCAUGGCGUCAACGCGGAGAAACAAAGUUCCGGACCGGCGGGGUUUCUUGACCGGCGGGACACCGCCGGCGCCCCACCUUCUCCGGAUUUUGGGGUGGUUGUUCGGGGCAAUGCCGGUUCGCCAGCUGGGAUGUUCAAUGCGGCAGAAGAGCACAAGCUUGGAGAUCACAGCAGCUAG